AUGGCCAGGAUCCAAGACAAGGAAGAAGGCCCUUUGCACUAUGGAGGCCAUGGCUGCCCAACCCACAGAAGGCCACCCAAGAAGCCAGGAAGCAGGAGGGCCCAGCUCUUUUGGCCCAAAUCAAGAUCCUUUGACUAUUUGUACGCAGAGGGUGAGAAGCUGCUGGAGAACUUCCCAGUCCAGGCGACCAUUAGCUUCUAUGAGGACUCUGAGGAAUCAGGCAGUGACAGGGAAGAGGAUGAAGAAGAGGAGGACAAGGAGCAGAGAAAUGAUGUCAGCACAUCACAGGGGGUGGGCGCCUUGGCAUUUGGGCAAAACUUCAUACAAGGGGGGCUUCUGUUUGCAUCUUCUCAUUUGUGCCUUGCAGCCUUUCUGGCAGCCCAGAAUGCCCACUCUGUUCUCAAGCGCUUCCCUCGAGCCAAUGGCUUCUUGGAGGAAUUCCGGCAGGGCACCAUCGAGCGGGAGUGCGUCGAGGAGAUCUGCAGCUAUGAGGAGGUCAAGGAGGUGUUUGAAAACAAGGAGAAGACGAUGGAGUUCUGGAAAGGUUACGCCUACUCCGUCAAGGAUCCCACCGAAGGCACCGGCCGCUCAGAUGCCAUGUACGUUGUAGUGCCCUUAUUGGGUGUCGCUCUGCUUAUAGUCAUUGCCCUGUUCAUCAUCUGGAGGUGUCAGCUCCAGAAGGCCACGCGCCACCGUCCUUCUUAUGCCCAGAACCGCUACUUGGCCAGCCGAGGAGGCCGUAGCAUCCCCAGGGUGAUGGUGUACCGAGAGGCCUCGCACAGUCAAAGUGAGGCCCAUUGCCAGCGGGACCCAGGCAGCAGAGGGGCUUGCAAUGGCCGAUGGGGCCUCGGGUCGGCCAGCCACCCAGAGAGCACCCUACACCCCCCCGACCCUUCCUCUUCUGCCCUGAUGAGAUUGUCAAGCGCGACCCCACCGCCUUCAUAUGAGGAAGUGACCGGGCAUCCUGAGAACAGCAGUGGUGAGGAGACCAGCUUGUCCUACAGUGACCCGCCACCCAAGUACGAGGAGAUUGUGGCUGCCAUUCCUGGCCCAGGGAACUGCUGUGAAGGCUUCCCUCUGCUGCGGUACUCGUUUCCUCGGCCACUAGCACGUCUCUGUGUGCGUAAGGACUCCUUGAGAAACAUUGAUCCUGGGCACACGGAAGAGGGGAAAAGGACAGUAGUGGAGAACCUGCAGGAGGCCCUGCUCAGUCAAGCCGGCGGCGCUUCUGGCGGGGGCGGGACUGCCGCCGCCGCUGCCAGCCAAUCACGUACCUCAGCCCGGCAGCGACUGACGUCAUGGACGGCCGAUGAAAGGGGCAGCGAGCUGUUGACGGAGUUGCAAGGGAAGAAGAGAAUGUGGCCUGUUUGGAGUGUGACCGAUAGGGCCGAUUUGGACUUUACAGAAGCCAUCAACAAGAGGAUGCGAGUUCCCAACCGGCUGAAAGUGGCAGAUGACUCCAGCUCAAGAUACCCAAAGAGACGCCCCUCAGAGGACUUUUCUUCAUCUUUCCAGAUGUAUGUCCCUGAUAGGCUUCUGCCAGCAGAAACCAGGGACAUCGCUUUCAGGCCCGUCUUGGUGAACCAGAUACGGCAGCAUUGCCUGGCCGUGGCUGACCCCCUCCUGGAGACUUCAGUCCCGCCCACCAUUUAUGAGGAGCACCCCAUCCCGAGCCUCGUUUCCAGACCUGGAUCUCAGAAACGCAAACGAAUGAUUCAUCAAGGCAAAGCCCGGAAAGAGAGAAUCCUGAGUGAGACCUCUCAGCUGGCCCUGUGUGGUGUCAGCCAGAGGCGCGAAUGGCUGGACACAAGCUUGCCCCCCAACCCAGCCCCUCAGUUUCCUCCAUUCCCUUUGGAGGGCAGGAUCUUCUCCCUGCAGAACAUCCUUCAGGCACUGCGUUUCCUGGGACACCAGCUGUUCCAGCUGUUCUGGAAGCCUGGCCGUGCCCCAAUCAGUGCCCCGGAGACAAGUGUGAUCUUGGAAAGCUCCUUGGAGGAAAUUGGCACCACCGAGGUUCUGGCAAUGAGAAAACAAUUGGCUAAAAUCUCGGGGAGGCUUCGGAGUCUGGAGGAGCAAUACAUGGGCUGGCGUCAGAAGGAGCUGGUGAUCUACUCCGUGCUGGUCUCCACGUGUCUUCUCAAUAUGUGGCUUUGGAUGCGGAGAUGA